AUGACAAACCGGCUAUUCUCAAGGCGCGCUCUAUUCGUCUAUCUGGCCGCGUUGCUGUGCACGGCCUUCUUCUUGAACCACACUCGCCGCACCCGCGACGCACAACCCAUUGAAGAGGAACUUCUUAGCCCCUCUCAGGAUGAUUCGAAGAAACAACUUGGCGGUACAGAUACGAAUCUUGGGGCGCUCCCAACAAUACCGGAACGCCCAAAAAUCACCAUCAUAGCGAUAUGGAAUCCGAAGACGAACAACCCGAAAGACCCGAUAUAUUUACCCAAUUUCUUUGCCUCAGUCGCUGCGAAUCCUUCGAUUGAACUCCUAUUCAUUAAAUACGACAAGUACGAAGUAGGGUGCCAAACCCCUUUCGCCCCAGACUUGCCGAAUGUGAAGGAGAUAUGUUUGGCGACGGAUGAGUAUUGGAAGUUGCAUGCGAAGUUCCUAUGCGAUUACUGGCGGGGGUGCAGCGACGAGGAGCACGCAAAUGUCCUCAAGAAACUCUAUGAAAGGGCCGGCAAGGAUUAUGGCAACUCUUACUUCCGGCCCUUCCGCCCAGAAAUAUUUCACCAAUGGGUUAACCCCCAUACUGCUAUCUGGGCGUGGUGCGACAUGGAUAUCUUCAUGGGGGACUUUGAGAGGAACUUUCCGUGGGACGUCGCGGGGGACUUCGAUUUUCUCUGGCCUUCCCCACCACAGGACAGCGACGAUAUCCUUGUAUUCUUCCCUGGACAUCUCGCUUUCUUCAAAAGGGCCCCACAUGUCAUCGAUGAAUUCAUGCGUCUCCCAAACUUCCGUUCCUUGGAGGCAUUUAUGGACUUACCGUGGCUCACUUCAGCGACAGAGGAAUGCGAAUACUCGCAUUGGGCGCUGACGCAAUCAAGCCUGACGUUCCUACGAUUCCCUGGAAUGGUGGAGAGCGGGUUCCACUUCUCAACCACGAACAGAGGCGUUUUCUCCAUCGAGAACCCCGGUUUCUGGGACCUGUCAUUGAGGGAAAUGGCGCCCGAGAACAGGGAGAUGAGGGUGUCUUUGGGUACUUCCCUGCAAGGACGCAAAUCGCUCCCUCCACCGCUUCCGACGUUCACUAGGGAUGGGAAAGAGAAUGAGGUUGUUUUGCAUGUAGGCGAAUACACCCACGUCUUGUGGUUCCCGCAGCAGUAUGCCGUCAACCUUUUGGUCGACGAAACUAAGACAUUGAAGCGGCCAUACAAAAGGUAUCUGAUGCGUCGUGAACCACACGGACCCGUCUAUGACAGGUCGGAGCCCGUUGGAGAGAAACUCUUCGCAAUCCCCCAAGACGCUUAUGCUGAAUCGCCUGACCGCUCAGCCCCCAUGCUCGCCUGGGAGCUCUUGUACUCCCACUUCCAGUCUGAAAAAUAUUCUGAGAUGUUCACGAUUUACGUUGUUAAUUAUAAAGAUUGGUGGGGACUUCCUGGCGUACCGACUGAGGGACUUGCGCCCGAUCAGGUGUUGUUCGUGGAUCAAAGACGAGGUUCGUAUAUUUGGAAUUCUACGGGGCACAUCGUGUUUUCGGCACGGGUUUAA